AAGAAGUCACAGCAGAUAAAGUCUGGAGCAGGUCAGUUUGAGAUCAUUUUUAGGAAAUGCAGGUGACACACUUGAAGUGAGUAAAGAAGUUAAACUGGUCAGGACAGGUAAUGUAAACAGGGUAGCGAAAGGAGGGAGCGCAGUGGAUAGAUGAGUCGUGAACUUGGCUCACGGACGCGCGGAGAGACGCCCACACACGCUGAAGAGUGACGCGCUAUAAAAAAAAAAAAUAAAAAAUUAAAGUGAGCCGAUGUUUUAGCGCCAGUGGGAGUCCUUUACACAUCUAGCAUGAAACCGUCAGACAGAUUAAACCAAGCAGCACACUCAAAGGAUUCCUUCGUUUCCCCCACGCAGUGAUGGAUUUUAUAAAAAAGGAGACAUGACUUCAAGACGUUUAUUGUUCUGCUCCGGGACUGCUGAAAUGUUCUAGACGCCUGGUAAUUGGAGUAGUAUCUGUGGAUAUCAGGGACAAGGACGAUUCAGCAGGACUGAGAGGAACAUGUGAAAUGUUUGGGGAUUCCAUUAACUAUGGACCUCACGACCUCCAGAGAGUUAUCGUUGAGCCGCAGCAAUUCUUCGGCCUUACCACUCCAUCCUCGUUCGGCUAAUGACAGUGAAGAGAUGGUGGAGGCCGACAACGCCAUCACUGUCGUAUUGCCCAUGACACUGGGCAUCAUCUCCAACAUUGUGGCUUUCUUCAUCCUGGCUAAUGCCUACUCCAUCCAGCGCCGGCGCUCCAAAGCUACGUUCCUUCUGUUUGCCACUUCGCUGGUGAUUACAGACUUCAUGGGUCAUGUGAUUCCUGGUGCCUUGGUGCUCUGGCUCAGACUGGGUAGAGGUGUGUAUCCUGAUGACUCGGGGACUUCUGAUGGCGUAUGCCAGGUUCUCGGAGGCAGCAUGGUUUUCUUUGGACUGUGCCCUCUCUUCAUGGGCUUUGCAAUGGCUGCAGAGCGAUGUCUUGGUGUUACUAAACCGCUGCUGCACUCAUCCUUGGUCACUAAAACGCGCACAAAGAUCUGCCUGUCGAUCAUCUGGCUGUCAGCUCUGUGCGUGGCUGUGUUGCCGUACUUUCAGCUGGGCUCGUACACGUAUCAGGAACCGAGGACCUGGUGUUUUAUCAAUGUGCUCAGUGGCACUAAAGACGCUGAUGUGGCGCUGGUAGUGCUGUUCUCUGGACUUGGACUGGCCUCGCUAGCUGCAGCGCUGGUGUGUAACACAAUCAGCGGACUGACACUGGUGCUGGCCCGGAUCAGGAGGCAGCUUGGCUCCCAUCACUCAUCCAGGUCUCAUGACAUAGAGAUGGUGGUGCAGCUGGUUGGCAUCAUGGUCACCUCAUGCAUCUGCUGGAGCCCUCUGCUGAUUUUUGGCCUGAUAUCCAGCAUCCACUCCUACACAGGAGCAAUUGGAGAAAACCUGUCCGACUAUAAAACCCUGAUGAGGACAGGAGUGUGGCUGGCCACAUGGAAUCAGAUCCUCGACCCCUGGGUCUACAUCUUGUUGCGCCGCUCUGUGCUACGCAAAAUCUACCUCAUCGUGAAGUGCCAGGCAGGCCUACGGAGUAACGUAUCAGGCCGCUGGGAGCCGUCUCGGCUCAGCCAACGCAGCUCAGAGAAGGUUGAAAUGGACCAAGUUUGAGCUAAGAGACAGACUGAUAUUAUACUUUGUGGAUGUACUUUGUAGUCAGAUCAGUGAACAUAGGACGAGCUAUUUGUGCAAGGGCCUGUAGGACGAGAGCUCUUCAGUGAAUCAGAUAUUAGGAACACAAUUUGUGGCACAGGUUUUGGUUCAUACUCAUUAGAAAUGCUUUGUGGAUUCAGUCAAACAUUAAACACCAUCAAAGUUUUCUAAUGUGUUCAUUGUCUGACCUCACAAAUGGAAGCUAGCUAAUGCCAUGAUUUUGCACAAAACAGAAACUUUCUACUAUUUACUUCUGAGUGAACAUUCCUGUUAUUAUAAACUGUUUAGGAAACUCGCGACAAAGGGCCAAGUUGAGGCCACAUCAUGAAUGAGAGAGUCAAAGGUGUAUGAUUGGUUUUAUUUCUUGACUUAAUUUUCACCAGCAGAAAAUAGAGUGCCCAUUGAACAUACGCCUGCAGAAGAGUCAAUAUCAGAGGAAGCUCCAGAGUAAACCAAGAAGUAUUUCGAAUGUAUCUCUAAUGUUAAAUAUUCUGUUGAAUGUAUUUCAUUAAGGAAUGUUAAAAUUUAAAUACUGAAUUUAUGUAUGUUUGAGUUUAUAUAUGCUUUUGUGAGUUUCUAUAACUCUUUACGUGAGGUAAUGUCAGAUUUAAUAUGUCCAUACUUGAAUUUUACCCUCACUUUACUGAGGGCAUACUAAAAAAACUGAAUGUAAAUAAAACAAUGUGACCCUGCUCUCUCUUUGCAUUCACUUUUGUCUUUUCCUAACAAAUAAGCCUAAUUUGGUCAGAAGGAUGCUUGAGUGGUCAAUGAUUGUGCUACUGUGUGGACACAGUGUUGUAAUUAGCAAGCUGUAACUUCUAUAAUUAUUACUUGCAUGUAUUUGCAGCAGCUUAAAAGUAACUCAUAUGUGAGCUCAAAUAAACAUUCACUUGAUCAGUUAA